ACGGGCGAGGCCUUUAAUUGUGGCGCCACGUGACAGCCGUCCUCGUGUGAAUCGAUGCAGUGAGGGGCGCAGGCGCGGACGGCGGCGGCGGCGGCGGCGGCGGCGGCGGCCGCGCCAGCCGGCAGUCCCGUGGCAGCAGAGCCCGCGCCCUCACCAUGAACAAGCGCCUGCAGACCGUCGCCGCCAUGGCGUGCAUGAAGACUCUCCUCAUGCUCUUCAACUUCCUCUUCUGGCUGACGGGGAUCGCCAUCCUGGCGGCGGGCAUCUGGCUGGAGGUGGAGCUGUACAAGUACAUGGAGCUGUCCACCGAGUUCUCGCGCUCCGCGCCCUACGUGCUGCUCGGGUCCGGCGCGCUCAUCGUGCUCGUCGGGUCGCUGGCCUGCUGCUGCACCGUCAAGGGACAGCCAGCCCUGCUCUACAUCUACGGCGCCUUCCUGCUGGUGAUCUUCAUCCUGGAGGUGGGCGCUGCCGUCUCUAUCUACGCGUACCGCGGCCACCUGCAGGCGGGAUUCGACCGCGGCCUCACCCAGGCGCUGCACAGCUACGACACCGACCCCGAGAAGAAGGAAUGCUUCGACCUCAUGCAGUCCACGCUGCACUGCUGCGGAAACCGCAACUUCACGGACUGGCAAGACAAGGUGCCCACCUCCUGCUGCAAGGCCGAUAAGUGCGACACCAGCGACGUCUCCGAGAUCUACACACAGGGCUGCUACACGCUGGUGGUGGACUUCCUGAACACGAACAUCGGGCUGGUGGCCGGUGCAGCGGCAGGAGUGGCUGUCAUCCCGCUACUGGGUGUCGUGCUCGCCUGCUGCCUGGCGCGCAACAUCAACAAGGCCAAGUAUGAGCAGAUGGCCUAAGGUGAUGCGAGGGGCCGUACGGAGGUGGCGACCGCUGCCCCCAUCCCAGUUUCUCUGCGCUCUCUUUCUCCUUCCUCGUGUAUCUCGUUAUCACUGUCCACAUUUGUAUCUACGCACGCACACGGCUCUGUCCCAGCUUCCGGCCGCACCGCUUCAGCCAACAUCUGCCGUGUCCUUCGACCCACACUUUAUCAGUGUUGCAAAUGUAAAAACAUCACAGAUCUCCUGCCAAAAAUAUAUAAAAAGGAGUCCACACUAAACAACAGAUGCAUGUUUUCUUGAGAAGUGUAGCCGAAUUUCUUAUACACAAUGCACGUAAAUAACUUACAGGUAAAUACCUCACUGGUGACCAUUAAUAUGACGUCAUAACCAUUGUGUAUCGCACCGAUCUGACUAAAAACGCUGUUUUUAUCUAUAAUAACUGAGCUUAUGUAACAUGUGCUUCAAUGUCCUUGCUGCUCGCAGUGAAAUCUAUAAUCUGACGCGGCAGCUAUGUUUGUGUUGCACUUAACAUAGUUCUUGACAACAUCACUCAAACGAGUAGUUCAUUUCUCCCUAGUGUUACGUUAUGUUUUCUCUGUUCAUUGGUCCAAAAGUUUGCCAUGAAAGAAUAUGAACUCCAACAGCACAAUUACUUGCAGCAAAUUAAUACACGUUUCGUAACAGUUCAUCAGAAAGACAGUCGAACAUGACUACAAAUCUCGUCUAUGUUGUGUAUGCUGUUUUAUUGUAAUUAUGAUUUCACUCAAUUCAUUUUGCAAUUCGUCUCCUUAGUAACACCUGAUAAUUCAUAUGAAAUGUUCGGUUGUUAGAUGACGAAGUAACGUACUCCUCCGUAUUAUAACAACUCACCCACGCUAAAGAUAACUGUAAAAUGCAUAAUAUGAAGCCAUAUUUGAGAUAAGCCACAGUGUUUACCGACAAUAAAGUUUUUUCUGAUGUUACUAGCACAAGAACAACAGAAAAUAAAUAGUAUUCGGAAAUUACUUCCUACGAUAAAUUUGUUUCUCAUUAGACAAUGAAAGCAAUUUACAGAAACGAGGCUUCGUAAGAGUCCAUGCAAAUCUGCGACGUAACACAGAACAAUUUUAUACUGAAAGGUCACACGAGACAGACUAUUAUGGUUUUCGCGCAGUGACCUUACAGAGUGGUAUCAAUAACUGUUACUUUGGUUAAAUUUACAUAGACGCAAGUGAAAUCAUCUCGAACUAGAAGUAGAAAAUCCAUUAUAUUUUGUACCUACAAACUGGAGCUGAUCUAUGAUUUGGAAGACAGGACCUUCGUUUCGUUCGCAACCACAUUAGCUAUGUUUAAUGUAAUAUUGAUUACCUGUGUUUUUUUCUGUUUUGGGAGAAAAGCUAUCAAUAUAUAUAUAUA